AUGUGGUUCUUUACGGGGGUCUACGGACCUACUUUGAAAAGUUAUAGAGAACCUUUUUGGGAAGAGUUAGGUGCCAUUCGAGGACUGUGGUCUAAUCCUUGGUGCAUCGGUGGGGACUUCAAUGUUAUUAGAUUUCCCAGUGAACGUAGUAGAGAAGGAAGAUUGUCUGGUACUAUGAGAAGGUUUUCGGAGGUGUUAGAUGAGUUGGCUUUAAGAGAUUUGCCUCUUCAAGGGGGUCCUUAUACGUGGAGUGGAGGGCUCAAUGGCCAAUCCAGGUCAAGACUGGAUCGCUUCCCGAUUUCGGAGGAUUCGGAAAAUCAUUUUAGUGGAGUGUCUCAGUGCACACUCCCAAGACCUGUGUUUAACCACUUCCCAAUCCUGUUAGAUGGGGGUGGGGUGAGGAGAGGUCCAAUUCCUUUUCGUUUUGAGAACAUGUGGUUGAAGGAGGAAGGCUUUAAGGAGCUUCUUAAGGGCUGGUGGCAAGGUUUUAAUUACAGUGGGUCUUAUAACUUUGUCCUCUCAGAAAAACUAAAGGCCUUAAAAGUUAAGCUGAAGAAUUGGAAUAAGGAAGUCUUUGGUAAAGUGGGGGUGAACUUGAGGAUGGCUUUGGACAAAGUUUCUUUUUGGGAUGAUCAGGAGAGGCAGAGAGCUUUAAACGAGCAGGAGUUAGAGGCUAGAAAGGAAGCCAGGGAGGAGUUUAAAAAGUGGGCGAUUAUGGAGGAAAUCUUGUGGAGGCAGAAAUCAAGAGAAACAUGGUUGAAGGAAGGAGAUAAGAACACGGGUUUCUUUCAUAAGAUGGCAAAUUCUAACAGUAGAAGGAAUUGUUUGAAAAAGAUUAAAGUCAAUGUCCCUAAGAAAGGCGGGGCUGAUGAUUUACGCGACUAUAGACCCAUCAACUUGGUGGGAGGUCUGUACAAGAUUCUCGCCAAGGUCCUAGCUAAUAGGUUGAAGAAGGUAGUGACGUUAAUUGCUAAUGAGGCCAUAAGCUCGCUGCUGAAAGGGGAUGAAGCUGGUGUGUUAUGCAAAUUGAACCUAGAGAAGGCUUACGACCAUAUUAACUGGGAUUUUCUGAUGACAGUGAUGCAAAAAAUGGGUUUUGGGGAGAAAUGGACUGGUUGGAUCAGGUGGUGCAUCUCCAUUGCUUCCUUUUCAGUUUUGAUUAACGGUUCGCCUGCGGGAAUGGAGGCCUUAAGCUGCCUCAUUAACAGAGCAGUUAGGGGAGGCUUCCUGACCAGCUGCAAGUUAAGGGGUAGGGGUGGAAAUGGGAUUCAAGUGUCUCACCUGUUGUUCACGGAUGAUACGUUGGUUUUUUGUGAGGAUUCCCAAGAUCAAAUGGUUGUUCUAAGCUGGCUUUUAAUGUGGUUUGAAGCCAGCUCUGGUCUAAGCACCAAUUUGAACAAGAGUGAAAUUCUGUCGGUGGGAAGAGUUGAGAAUGCUGAGGUUUUGGCUUCUGAACUAGGAUGCAAAGUGGGUUCCCUUCCCUCCACUUAUUUGGGGCUGCCUCUAGGUGCUCCUCACAAAUCGGUGGCUGUGUGGGAUGGUGUGGAAGAAAGGAUGAGGAAGAGACUCGCUUUGUGGAAGAGGCAGUUCAUUUCUAAGAGGGAGAAAAUCACUCUCAUUCGGAGCACUUUGGCUAGUAUGUCGAUCUAUCUUAUGUCCUUGAUGCGUAUUCCAAGAGUUGUUAGAUUGAGGCUUGAGAAAAUCCAAAGGGAUUUCCUUUGGGGUGGGGGUGCGUUGGAGAAGAGGUCUCAUCUUGUAAAGUGGGAUGUGGUUCGCUCUCAUAAAAGGAAGGGUGAUUUGGGAAUUAUAAAUUUUUCUAUCCUCAAUAGGGCCCUGUUGUGUAAAUGGAGCUGGCGCUUUGCGGCUGAAAGAGAGUCUUAUUGGAAGCUUAUUAUCAGUAGGAAGUAUGGGGAAGAAGGAGGAGGGUGGAUCUCUCGUGAGGUUAGGGAAGGCUAUGGGGUGGGGUUGUGGAAGGAAAUUAGAAAGGAAGGAGUUCUGAUGUUUAAAAAAGUUUCCUUCACUGUAGGGGAUAGUAGAAGGGUGAAAUUUUGGAAGGACAUUUGGUGUGGAAACAUUCCCCUUUGUGAGGCUUUUCCUUCUUUGUUUGGCUUUGCUGUCUCUCAAGAUGCGUGGGUAGCAGAUUGUUGGGACUCUAUGGGGGAUGCGGGGGGAUAG